AUGGCCCCGGAGGAGGGAUCAUCCACGGAGUUUCGAUCCCCAAGGCUUAGGUUUAGGGUUAGGGCAUCGACUCAAAUGGAAGCGUCCGGCGGAAAUUCGGAUUCUUACAGAGGUGUUUCUUCCAUGACCAGCUCUCAUUCUAGAAGACACGGAAUGAAUUUAACUGCUUCUAGUAUUCUACGAUUUCCGCUGUCUACAUUGUUGGAAUACACUGGUAUUAUUAGGACCAGGUCCAUUCAGUCAGAGCCCGAUGCUUUAUUGAACACUGGGGCCUCCAUUAGUUAUCGAGACCACAUGCGGCUGCGUUUUGAAGACUCUGCAGUGUCCCUGGCAGACAACGUGGGCGGUGGUGGAGGGGAAGUUUCCAUUAGAAUAAUAAGUGCUGGUGAACAUGAACAUGAUAGGGUGGGGAAUGUGUCACCUUCGUCACCGACAGUAUUGGAGAGUCAAUUGGAUUUGAGGGAUGAUCGUGAGGCAGGAGGAGUUUCGUCAUCUGUGAAUGCAAGUGGUGAUCCAGAGGCUGCUGAGGGAGUUGAGGGUAAUAGCAGGGAUUCUUCUUCUUACCAGAGAUACGAUAUACAGCAGGCUGCUCAGUGGAUUGAGCGGGUCCUUCCUUUCACAUUGCUUCAGUUGGUUGUUUUCAUUCGUCAGCACUUGCAAGUGUUAAGCAAGAAGUCGUUUAAAUUUCUUCAGGGUGAGAGGAAAAUAUCUGUUCUCAUUGGCAUUGUUAUUCUCUUGGCGGUUCAUGUGGUUGGGUUUUACUGGUGGUACUGGAGUGAUGAUCUUCUAUAUCCAUUGGUGAUGCUUCCACCAAAGCAUAUACCACCUUUCUGGCAUGCUAUAUUCAUUAUCAUGUUGAACGAUACACUGGUCCGUCAGGCUGCAAUGAUCUUCAAGUGCUUUCUAUUGUUGUAUUACAAGAACAGCAGAGGCCAAAACUACCGUAGGCAGGGUCAAAUGCUGACUUUGGUUGAGUACCUACUGCUGCUUUACCGUGCUUUGCUGCCAGCUCCUGUAUGGUAUCGUUUCUUUCUGAAUAAAGAAUAUGGAAGCCUUUUCUCAUCACUGAUGACGGGGUUAUACUUGACUUUCAAACUCACAUCGAUUGUUGAGAAGACCUUGAAGUUUUGCAUUUCUCUGCUUAACAUCGUACCAAGGGAAUAUAUAAUUCUUUAUGCUUAUGAGACUGAGAAGGAAGAUGAGGAUAUGAUGUAUUACUUACUGCUUGCUGUAGACUUGGAGGCCCUUCAUGUUGUAAUUGUUGAAAAAUCAGAUCAGUGA